AUGGUACAGCCAAGCACUGCGUUAUCCGUCGAGCAAUGCCUAGAAAUUUUACAACGAUUAAAAACAGAAGGUUUGCCGGAAGAGGUACACAAUGAACUCGUGGCAAAUGCGCUAGCCAUGCUUAGCGACUCGGACCAAGCUGCGAAGUUUGAGGAGAGCAUAAAGGAGUCCGCUAGGUUAGCAAAGGAUAUUGAUGAUGUUUUUGAUCAACAAGCCCAAAUUCUACUUGCUGUGGGCAUUAUCGGAUUCUGGCCUAUAUUAAUUCUGUAUUUUGAAUGGAUUGGUUUGAAAGAGCAAUGGAGAGAGUGCCUGAGAUUUUCUUGCGAAGUUGCAUUGGACACAGCCGAGGUUCUGAAACGCUUUGACCAGGUCUAUCUAGCCCAGGUUGAGACUAUCACAUCAAAUGAAGACCGUCUCAAAGCGAUUGCUGCCAUAGAGCCCUUUAUUCUUGAGUUGGAGAGGAACGACAAGUCUGCGGAAAUUUCCAGAAGAUUUUUGAACUUAAAGCGCGAUGUAGCUGCGUUUGGAGAGAGAUAUCUAAUAUCUGCCACGGCAGUGGUGGUCGUCCCACUUACGAGCGACAUCAAAGCCCUCGAUGAAUCGAUCAAGAGUGUACGAGGUGCUUUUGGUGGCAUUUUGGGAGGUAGGGUAUUAGUAGGACUUGGAGUAGCUGGCAGAGCCUCUCAAGUGAUUUCUUCGCUUCAAGCCUAUCGUCAAGAAAAAAUCGAAGCCCUGAGGAAGGUCAAUCAAGUUACAGCAGGAAUCAACUCACUGGUUGCGGAGCAGCCAUCCUCCUUGUUAUUUGAAGCGCCAAAUAUUGAUCUAAUGCUCGAUAACCUCCUUACAUUUGCCGAAAUAUGGUCUUCGGUACGAAACCAAAGCGUCCAAUUUUGCGAACACUUGAAGGGAGGCCUAGAAGCGGCCACAAGUUUGAGGUUCAAAGCGGAAGUAAAACUGGCGAGGGAAGUCUGCACGCCAUUGAUGGAGGGCUUGAUAGAAUACAACAAACAGCUCCGGAGCUGGAUGUAG